AUGGCGAGGAGAUUCCCUUAUGGUGUGACGUUUGAUAAUGCUUGCAACAAGAGUCCAUUCAUGCAAGACCUAGCUUGGACACAAGAUUGGAGUCUAGCUGAAAUGGAAAAGAUGUACGAGGAAGCAAGAAAGGGAAUGCCUAAACCUAGGUUUCUACACAAGCUUCAUGACCCAGGUUACUUCCUUAUACAUUUCUCUAUCAAUGGAAGCUACUUUGAUGAUGCUCUUUGCGAUUCCGGUUCUAGUGUGAACCUUAUGCCGGCCGAGAUAGCCAAGAAGUUGGGAUUGAUCAAUUCAAUUGUGAAAUCUCGAAUGGAUUUAAAGCUAGCUGAUUCAUCAUUGACCGAACCACUUGGAGAGGUUAAAGACAUUCAGCUUGAUUUUGGAGGCUGCAUAGUUCCAGCCAACUUCUAUGUAGUAACCAUGAAGGAUCCGGAGGACUUAAAGCUUUUGCUUGGAAGAUCAUUCCUAGCCACAGCCGGAGCGAUCAUGGAUUGGCCUAAUAGAAGAAUCUCUCUAGCCAAUGUUGACAAAGACACCUUCUACGAUGCUGCACCUCCCGGUUUCUCAUCCAAGCGAUUUCGCUACACAAGUGGAGGAGAGUGCUCACAAGUAAGAGGAGAGUCGCAUGGCUACUUGAUCAAGGAAGUUCUACAGACAAGAUGCACUUGGAAUCAUCAGGCAACAGGAAGAGAACCGGUUGAGAACAUCAAACAAACAAGGCGCACAACAAAGGCCACAACCGGCCAAAGGAGGAACUACAAUGCCAAACAUGCGAGAUUAGGGAAGUCCAACCACAAUUCAAUCCAGGAGGGAUAG